UCUCGGCUGUGUCCAUCACUUGGUCAAGCCCGCCAGGAGAGCAGAAGAGCGGUAGCUGCAGCCUUCCCGGGGACGGUCAAACCCAAAACUUUGGCCAGACCAGUAAGCCAGUGGGGGAACUAGAUUAACCAGGGCUGGGCUUCUGCUGGGCCGGACAGGGGGCGAUUUCUCUGCUUCUUUUGGAACAAGAAUUCAAAAAUGACCAUUAAAAUACGGCUCCUCAUUUUCCUCGUGGCCGGAGUGACCAUCUGCCUCUUUGCCAAGGAAGCAAGGACAGCUCCAGCAGAGGAGGAGGAGGAGGAGGAGGAGGAGGAGGAACCGGGCAAGGCGCCUCUGGGAGCCAGCGAGGGCCCAGACUACUCCGAAGUGCCCACUCUGGCACUGAUGACCACAGACAGCGUCUCGUCUUCCAGCGACCUUGGGGAGAACGCUACGGACACAGAGCUGCCUGAAACCUCGGAGGACCACCUGGAAACGGUCACCCUGGUUGGCAUCAUCCUUGGCACCAUUGCAGCUAUCGGAGUGGCCACAGGGAUCGUGAUUGUCGUCGCCAAGAAAAUGUCGGGCAGGUACUCGCCCUAAACCUCGCUGAGGAGGGGGAAUCCUGCCCUCCUAAAGCCACUUUCUGAUUUCAGGGGGAAACGGUGUCACCAUCUGGCAGCCUUGGACCUGCUACGCUCUGGGCUUUGAUUCAAAUGACAAAGAGAAAUGUUUCCUGUUAUCUCCCACUCUGUUCAAAAACAUAUUUUUGAAGGCUC